AACCGAGUUAUUACUAAAUAUUUGAUAAAACGUUAUUUCGGCUUCCGUUUUUUUGAUCCAAACAAAGCUGCAUAUAUGUCUGUAUUUACUUUAACUACUUAAAGACAUUUGUUAAUAUACAAAAGUUUAAAGCUAAUACGGCAGUCAAAGUCAAGGUUGUGCAUCGAGAUAGAAACUGCUCGAAACAUCUCAUGUCUUACCACAAAUCUGCAGAGUCUUGGCCUUGCGAGCAGAUGUUUUUGUACGUCUAUUGUAGCGACAUAUAAUAGAAUAAAUAAGAUUAUAAGUACCCGACUUGAGUGGCUUAGAAUCAUUUACUGUUUUGAAGUCGGUCCACAGACAACUUCUGUAAUGAAAUACUUUGUGAUCUGUGCUUUUGCUGCUUUAGUCCUUCUUCAGGCUGCAUCGGGUUUUAAGCGAGUUGUCUAUGUGAUGCCUGUAACCACCACAAACACGACCACGACCACGACCACAAAUACGCCAUCAACAUCAACGAACUCCACAUCCUCUGCGAACUCUACAUCCACAACGAACACCACCACAACGGUCGUGACUCAGAAUAUAGUCUACUGCUCCUGGAAGAACAACUGGUGCCGUCCCACCUCGAACACCACGAGGGUUUGCAAAUGGGGCAUCUGCAAGCUCUUCGGUUAAAUCAAUAGUCAAUAAAAUACGUUUGCCAUGUUUUAGCACAAAUUUCUUGGGUUUUAUUUGAAAGUCUGGCUUGGUCAAAAAAGAGACUUGCUGGAACGGUUUCAUUCUUAACUUGAUACUGGGAAAACCACACGGAUCUGACCCGCUGCAUUAUAAGGCUCAUAUAUGAAAGCGUUAGCAAAAAUAAUAAUCCAUACUAGUCUUAGUGGCUAACUAAAUUCGAUUCAUGCAAAUCAUCGCCUAAUAGGGUUAAAGCUUAGUGGGUUAGCGCUAGGAGAUAAAGUAGAGGCGUGAUUUGGGUUACUUGUGUGAAUA